UGUGGGAGAGAAGAGGGUCUCGGCUCGUGUUUAUGAUAUGAUAUUUGUGUUUGUCUUAAAUGUUUAACCUAUUAAACCUUAUGUUCUAUAAUAUAGCCGCUUGUUUUUACAGUUUAGCGAUUAUAACGUCGAUUCCAUUCGGUAAUGUACUCUACCUGACAGGCGCAUGUCGGCUCAGCUCACCAGCAGCGCCUGGACACAACGUUACUGAGGGUCCACAGUGUAACUGAUCAGUACCGCUUUAAAACAGUCUGAGGAUGAGUUUGUUACCCAGAACCGCGGAGGAGUUCAGCUCAGCGGACUACUGGGAGCGCUUCUUCCGUAAACGGGGAGAAAAGGCGUUUGAGUGGUAUGGAGACUACAACUCACUGUGCGGCGUGCUGCACAAAUACAUCAAACCCAAGGAUAAGGUUUUAGUGGUGGGUUGCGGCAACUCUGAGCUGAGUGAACAGCUUUACGAUGUUGGCUACCAUCACUUAACCAACAUUGACAUCAGCGAGACGGUAGUGUCUCAGAUGAAGCAGCGGAAUGCCCAGCGUCGGCCUGACCUCGUCUUUGAGCAGGUGGAUGCCACCCAGACAGGCUACGAGAGUAGCAGCUACCAGGCUGCUCUAGACAAGGGAACUCUAGAUGCCAUGGCCUCGGAGGAGGAGGGAGCCCUAGCGAGCCGGAUGCUCACUGAGGUGGUCAGGGUUCUGACUGUGGGAGGCCGCUACGUGUGUGUGACUCUUGCUCAGGAGCAUGUGAUAAAGCUGGCCGUGGAGCACUUUGCUGAGGCUGGCUGGGCCAUACGAAUCCACUACCUGAGCCAACAAAGCCAGGAUUCGGAUUCCUCCUCGUUCGCUCUGCCUGUUUUUGUUCUCAUCUGCACAAAGUUCCGCCAGCCGCCGCCUUUUGCAGUGCUGGAGAUGUGCCAGGGAGAGGACGGAGCGCCCUACAGAUUGGCAUCAGUGUCUGAGCUGUUGAGUGCGAUAAAGGAGCGCCAGGCUUAUGCCCUCAUGCUCCAGAAGCUGAGGGGUGGCACAGACACUCUUAGCACACCUUCCCUCACGCUGUGCCAUGCUGCCACGGGUCGUCCCCGGUACACACUCACAGUUCAAGACAGUCCUCCCUCUACUAAAGUGCCCCGUGCUAAUCACUUUGCGAUCUUUAUUGUUCCUCAGGGCCGUGAAUCUGAUUGGUUGUAUGGCUCUGCUGAGGGUCGUGCUCAGCUAGCUUCCAGUGCUAAAUUCCGGCGAUUGAUCAUUGUUGCAAUGCAUCGGGACCAGGAAUAUGAGGACAUGCAAGCGGUCCAGUCUGAACUGUCUCCCAUGGUGAUGGAACUGGCACCCCCUGGAAUGCCAGACAAUCAGCAGGUGCCGUUCUUAUCUGUUGGGGGUGACCUUGGCUGGAGGGAGGUGGUAGGCCGAGGGGUCAGUGAUAUAACAGGGCAAUACUCCGUGGAGGAUGUGCGAGGAGAGGAUGGUCAUCUGUACCGAAGAUUGGUCUUCAUGAACAACACACAGCUAGUGCAGUCUGAAAGCCGCCUCCAAUCCACCACCACAUCCUCUUCUGCUCAUAAAAAGAAGAGUAAGAAGAAAUCAAAACCUCCUGCUACUGACGCUCCAGCUUCUGCCGGCAAAGGCCACAUUGUGGACCGAGGGUUUCUAUGUUGUACUCAUCAUGAGGUGAUGGUCGCAGGCCUUGCCAUUCUAGGAACAGAAGCCAUCAAAAAUAAAGAUGUGCUGGUAUCAGUGUUAGUGGUGGGGCUGGGUGGUGGAGGUUUGCCCCAGUUCAUGCGGGACUUUGUGCCCGGUGUGCGAGUGGAAGUGGUGGAGCUGGACCCUGCUGUGCUGGAGGUAGCGCAGACCUGGUUUGGGUUCCAGACUGACGACAGACUGAAAGUCAUACUGGGGGAUGGCCUGGAGCACAUCAGCACACUGGCGAGCCAGGGAGGACAUUCCUAUGAUGUCAUCAUGUUUGACGUUGACAGCAAAGACCCCACCCUGGGCAUGAGCUGCCCUCCGCCUGCCUUUGUAGAAACACCACUAUUGGAGAAAGUCUGCAAGCUGUUAACCCCUCGAGGAGUGUUUAUGUUGAACCUGGUGUGUCGUGACUCAUCCCUGCGGCAGUCAGUGAUGGAGCGCGUACAGGCUGUGUUCCCGUGUGUGUUCUCUCGUCCCAUUGAAGGCGAGGUCAAUGAGGUGCUGCUGUGUUCUAGGGGUGGAGGUCAAGGACACAAACCUUCUGUCGUCCCACAGGAGCUGCAACAGUCUGCCAAAAGCCUACAAGCGGUGCUGCGGAACAGCAGCCAGAAUGCCUCCUGCACCCCUCAAAUAGACAUUUCGGCAAUGCUGAAGAACCUGAGGGUAGCUUGAACAUUACUUGCUGCAUAAGGGGAUGGUUCUCUGUGUGCUUGUGCGAUAAAGAGUAAUGAAAAUGUAUGGGGUCUUGGAGAACUGAUCUGAAGGUGUACAUAGAAGCACUCAAGUAGAUGCUCUAUUAAAAGGGUUUUCCUUAAAUUUGAGAUCAGAUUAUUGAUUAUGUUGUCAAAACAAUACAGUGAGCUGUAAAGAAA